AGUAUAUAAGAGUGAAAUCAACAAAAUUAUAUCAGUCAGAUAAGAAGAAGAACUAAAAAUGAAUUUUUGUGUGAUUUUAUUCACUAUUUCAUAUGUGGCACAAGCUUCUACAUACUUCCUACCACCACGUUUCAAUAUCGCACCAAAUAGAAGUCAAAGUUACAAAGGAGCCCGCUGGAAUGGUGCACACAUAUGGGAGACUUUUGGCACUUCAAAACGAAUAACCGAAAAUUCGAGUGAACCUUUAACUACAAGACAAUCAUCAACGUCUUUUUGGACCCCAACUACCAGUCGGACUUGGGCUAGUACAGAAUUAUCGACUAAUAAUCGGAUAACAUUUACAACCUCACGUAAACUUCCAACCACCAGUCGACCUUGGACUAGUACAGAUUCAUCAACUCCUAAUUGGAUAACAACUAGAAACUCAAGGAAACCUUCAACUACCAGACGAUCUUCAACUUCUUUUUGGACCCCAACUACCAGUCCACCUUGGAAUAGUACAGAUUCAUCAACUCCCAAUUGGAUAACAACUAGAAGCUCAAGGAAACCUUCAACUACCAGACGAUCAUCAACUUCUUUUUGGAUCCCAACUUCAGAUCGACCUUUGUCCAGUACAGAUUCACCAAAUCCCAAUUGGAUAACAACUACAAGCUCAACGAAACCGUCAACUACCAGACGAUCAUCAACUUCUUUUUGGACCCCAACUACCAGUCGACCUUGGACUAGUACAGAUUCAUCAACUCCUAAUUGGAUAACAACUAGAAGCUCAAAGAAACCGUCAACUACAAGACGAUCAUCAACUUCUUUUUGGACCCCAACUUCAGAUCGACCUUUAUCCAGUACAGAUUCACCAACUCCCAAUUGGAUAACAACUACAAGCUCAAGGAAACCGUCAACUACCAGACGAUCUUCAACUUCUUUUUGGACCCCAACUACCAGUCCACCUUGGAAUAGUACAGAAUCAUCAACACAUGAUUGGAUAACAACUGCAAGCUCAAGGAAACCUUCAUCUACCAGGCGAUCAUCAUCUUCGUUUUGGACGUCAACUACCAGUCCGCCCUUAACAAUUGAAACAGCUUCACCGCAACCUCCGCAACCACCGUCACCACUUCCUCCGCCACCGUUUGGACAAAUACAAAUGGAAAAUUGUAUCAAAUGCAUACUUCUCAAUAAUAUAUGGAUAGAAAAUAACAGAGUGUGAGCCUAAUAAAAUUUUAUAAGUUAUUAUGAGAUAUCCUUCUUUAAAUAUGCUUUAAAUAAACAAAUGACAG